AUGGAGUCCGCAAAGGAUCAAUUUCACUCCUUGACAACUUCUAUACAUGAUGCUCACCAGUCAUUGCCUAUCAAAUGCGUUUUCUAUACAAGCAGUAAGAGUGGCACCAAGAAAUGCGAAGGCGAAAUCAGUCGACACGAUUGGGACAUGGUAACUUCUUACUUCAACUCCAUCCUUCACAUUCCCAACCUACUUUCCGAUGACCAGAAGAACGCAUUUAAAUUAUUGCAAGUUUUCGAUAACCUUGCAAGGCAUUCCCUAUGUGGUGAACACGCCCUUCACAGAAUAUUGUUGAAAGAUCAAUGGCUAUCUGAAUUUAAAAAACUGAAAAGCGAAAUCGUGGAAGAGUUGGAAUAUUAUUGGGGUGCUAUCAACCAUGAAGAUUCGGAUACAGCAAAGGACGAGGAAGAUGGUGACCUGGAAGAAGAUACUGAUGUUCGUCCUGCUCAUGAACUCCCAAUUAAAAAGUUCAUGGCCCUUUGUCCCAAUAUCGAUGAGGAGGAAGUGGCCAGGAAAGUCAGCCAGAAAUUAGAGCAACCACUUGGGAAAAGAAGCAGAAUGUAUGGAUGCGUCUAUAUCAUUUCCCCCAUGGAUGGGAGGUUUGAAGGAAUGCUGAAGAUUGGAUUCUCACAGAGGCCCCCGGAGAAUAAUCGCUUUCCAAUCCACAGGGGCUGCUUUGGAGAAUUUGAAGUGAUUGCAGUCAAAUCAGUGAAGUUUGCCCAUCGGGUGGAGCAAAUAUUGUUGGCGGAGUUCUCCGGGGUGCGCUUCGGGAGGAAGUGUGAAAAAGUAAAGUGCCCUUCGACCCACCAAGAAUGGCUGAAAAUCAAGACGGAAACAAUCAUUGAAAGCUUGGAUAAAUGGUGCACCUUUUUCGAUGAAGUUACUCCGUACAAUGCGCAAGAUCGAUUCAAGAAACUGUCUGAAGAUGUCGAGCUACCCUCCCCUGCUUCAAGGGAGUACCUCAGACAGGGGUCUUCUACGAGGUCAACUCCGAAGAGAACUCCCCAAAAUAAUACUUCUGCCAGGAAGGUUUCUGCACGGAAGACUCCUGUAAAGGAGAAUGACGCAGAGUAUACUCCCACGAAGAAGGCUCCUGCAAAGAGGACUCCGACAAAAAAUACCUCUGCAGGAACUCCUACGAAGUCUAGCCAAGAUUGGACAUCACCCCAUACUUCUCCCUCAUACUCUCGACUGAAAUACCCAACUAUCUCAACUACCACUUUUCCGAGCUCUGACGAAGAAGAUUCGAAGGAACAAGUGAGCGAGAUAGGUCCUGAAGAAUUUGCACCACCUCCUGUUGGACCUCUGGCCGUAAGGCUACGUAAUCUAAAAUUGAAGAGUUAG